GACCGCAUCCGGGAGAUCCGCAGGGCGCAGGCCCUCGGCCAGGGCGUGGUGUCCAAGCCGCCCGUGUGCCUUCCCGUGUCCCGCACGCUGGGGGACCGCGACUUCAAGGCGGCGUCGGGGAAGGCGCUCCUCAUCGCGACACCUGGGGUCAGGACCGUCCAACUCGACGAGUCGACCAAGUUUGCGGCGAUGGUGUCGGGCGGCAUCUCCGCCGUCAUGCAGGACAAGGACCUCGACGUCGUGGAGGAGCUGAACCUCCUCCACGACGCCAAAGACCCGGCGGCCGACGCGCGGGCUGGCUGCGGGGCCCUGGUCCAGGAGGCGUACAAGCGCGAGAGCCCGGAGAUUCCAACCUGA